UGUGUUGUAUUUUAUUGCUAAGAGUGUUUCCAGUAUUUGCAUGACAACAAAGAGCAAAGGAAACAGAUCAGGUGAGCCAUGAAAUCAUUAUAAAGAAAUGUUCUGGCUAUGGCCACUGCCAGGCUCCGUAGUGCAGGUCGACCCCCAACAAACAUCCCCUGCAGCCCUGAAACCUGCGGCUGCCUGAAGGAAGAAAGACUGCAACAAGUGAUGGAUGAAUCAGCGGUGACGUGACGACAGCCGGCUGUUUUCUGAUUCACAAAAACAUACACAAAUAUCAAAAAUGACCUUUAAUUUAUGAAUAUUAUAUUUGUUUUGUAGAUUAUUUGUGCUCAUACUGUAUGUGAAGUGACAGUAUGUGUGAGAGGACAAACAUACAUGAAACACAUCAUACAGAGAGACCAGCAGUGUAAACAGACCUGCAGUGUGUGUGUAGAUGUGUGUGUGUGAUAAGGUCUCCUGCCUGCAGGUUGUUCCAGGCUUCAAUAAAAGGACAGCAGAUGCUCACAAUUACUGACACGCACACGCACACGCACACGCACACGCACACGCACACGCACACACAGGUCAGAGAGUGUGUGUGAGUGUCUCCAUAACGUCUGUUUUUAUCAGAAUAAAAGAGCAUCAAACUCCUCCCUUCUUCCUUCAGUCCUCUUCUCAUCUCCUUGUCUACUUUCCUCUCUCCUCUCAUACAUAUUGUUGUUCCGUUAGCAGCUGAAGAAACCAGAACAAGAGCAUCACUAAUCCAGACAUGGCGUGGCUUCGUCAGAGUCGAGGUUCUCCCAGACUCGUCCUGGUGGUGGUGUGUGUCGCUCUGCUGCUCGACAACAUGCUGCUCACUGUGGUCGUGCCAAUCAUCCCGACCUUCCUCUACGCCAUGGAGCAUCCCAGUCCUGAGCUUCAGACCGUCCCGCCCUCCCUGGUCCCUCUGCCCAGCCUCAGUGCACCACGCGUGGGCAUGGUGGUCUCACAUUCCCCCUCCCCCAGGUUAAACCUCCAGACCUCCAGCAGAACCUCCCAGCUCCCUCAACCCAGCCACAGUGCACCGGUCCUGGGUGCACAGUCAGAGCAGAGCCCCCGGUUGUCUCCUCUGGUGUCCCUGUUCAACAACUCUACCUUCAGUCUGCAGGAAAUUCGGACCAAACCGAACCCCGACACCGAGCCCACGGAGCAGAGCAGCCAGCCCACAGACCGGCAGACCAACGAGACUAUUAAUGCUACAGAGUCCUCAUGUCUUCAGGACAGUGCGUUUCUGGAGCAGGAGAAUGUUCGUGUUGGUCUGUUGUUUGCCUCUAAAGCUCUUGUCCAGCUGCUCAUCAACCCCUUCGUUGGCCCGCUCACCAACAGGAUCGGUUAUCACAUCCCCAUGUUUGCCGGUUUCAUCAUCAUGUUUGUGUCAACCAUCAUGUUUGCGUUCUCAGGGACGUACGUUCUGCUGUUCUUCGCUCGCUCUCUGCAGGGAAUUGGCUCAUCUUUUUCAUCUGUGGCAGGUCUGGGUAUGUUGGCCAGUGUCUACACAAAUGAUGAGGAGAGAGGCAUUGCCAUGGGCAUCGCACUGGGAGGUCUGGCAAUGGGAGUACUGAUUGGAGCUCCGUUCGGCAGUGUGAUGUACGAGUUUGUAGGAAAGCGCGCUCCCUUCCUGAUCCUGGCCUUCCUGGCUGUGUUUGAUGGAGCAUUACAGCUGUUCAUCCUGCAGCCUUCAAAGAUCUCCCCAGGGAGUGUGGAGGGGACUCCGUUACUGACGCUGUUAAAGGACCCGUACAUCCUCAUCAGUGCAGGUUCUCUGUGUUUUGCCAACAUGGGUGUAGCCAUCCUGGAGCCAACUCUGCCCAUCUGGAUGAUGCAGACCAUGUGCUCCCCUAAUUGGCAACUUGGUUUAGCCUUCCUCCCUGCCAGCAUCUCCUACCUGAUAGGAACAAACCUGUUUGGUGUUCUGGCUAACAAGAUGGGACGGUGGCUCUGCUCCAUGUUAGGGAUGUUUAUCGUUGGCAUCAGUCUGCUGUGUGUUCCUUUUGCCACCAGUAUCUAUGGUCUGAUUGGACCAAAUGGAGGUCUGGGCUUCGCAAUAGGUAUGGUGGACUCCUCCAUGAUGUCCAUCAUGGGUUACCUGGUGGACAUCCGUCACGCCUCUGUCUACGGCAGCGUCUACGCCAUUGCUGACGUGGCGCUGUGUAUGGGGUUCGCUAUCGGACCGUCCAUAGGUGGCGCUCUGGUCCAGGCAGUGGGUUUCCCCCGUCUCAUGAUGUUUAUCGGGGUGAUCAACAUCCUGUACGCUCCACUUUGCUUCCUGUUACGUAAUCCUGCCGUCAGAGAGGAGAAAAUGGCAAUCAUCGACCAGGAAUGUGUGAUGCACAGGAAAAACUACAACACACAGAAGGAGAGUCGUGAGUUUCCUCUGAGCGACUACAGCGAAGAAGAAGAGACAGAGGAGUGACACAAACACACACACAUACACACACACACACACACACACACACACACACACACACACACACACACACACACACCUGAAGAUGUCCGUGUUGUGAUGUGUCUUCUCCAAACACGUUUUACCUUCAUCAUCGGACUUCCUGUCGUCACACAGUCAUACCAGAACAGACAUCAUGCUCUUCUUAAAGUGACAGUGUCCCCUCACAUAUCCUUAAUUUCUACGUGAAAAAUAAUCAAUUCAUUAAUUAUUAGUGUAAAAUGCCAGUUUACAAAGUCAGGGAUCUGUAAGAAAUGUCAUUAUUCACUUAUGGAGGCUGUACAGGAUGUUUUGAUGCCUUGUGUGAACGUUUACAGAGUUAUUAAUGUGAUGUGAAUACAUUUAUGCAAAUUCCAUUAAAAGACGCCUGAUUGCCUCCAGCUGAGUGUUCGCUAAGCCCCACCCGUUAGAGUUUCCAAGUGGUUUGAUUGUUGGCAGGGACGUGAGAGAAAGUCAGUCUACAUGAUGACAUCAUACUAAGAGCUGCUCGUUGUUUUUUACUUAAAACUAUGCAAUUUUGGACCAUUAUUAGGCUAUUACUAUAGAUAUGCCCAAAAAGCUUUAAGAAGAAACUUGCUGUUGUUAUAUAAUUUCAUUUUUAUUUUUUAUAUUUUUGUUUGCCCAGAAAAAUCAUAUUCUGUAAAUCAAAAGAGCAUAUUCAGAAAACUUUAACUUAAUAUUUCUUAUUGCUGUGAAAACACUUGCAUGUUACGUCACAGUGUAUAGAAAAUGUACAUUUAUAACACAGGCCUAAUACUUAAGCGACUUCUUGUACUUAUUCUCUGACUACCUGCUAUUUGGCACUCAAUUAGUCGGAUGAAUGAACAUCCUUUUAUCAGUGCGUAUCAUUGCAUAUCUGCAAACAACCAGUACCACCCCACUUGUUGCAGGACAGAGUCCCUAACAUUAGCCUUAGCGCUGAUAGAUGUUCCAGUGCCGAACAAUCAUGUGUGUCGUAAAACACGAUGAGUGAGCAUCGUUUCUUCAUUGCUGGUUAACCACGUUACAUUUGUACUGGAACUCCCCCACUGCUACCGCUGUAUAGCGAACGGUCAGUUGGAUUCAAUUUGGUGUUUUGGAGGAAUUACAUUGUAAUUUAUUUUAGUGGCAGCCUCUUAAUUUCUCAUUUUAACUUUACUAUUACUAAAAAUAUGCUUCUUUGGAUGAAGGUUAGUUUUUAGUCCUCUUCUCCCUGAAUUCAUAUUAGAAAGUGAGCAGUUAAAUAUAAAAAGUAUUUGUUUUUCCUACAACGUUUAAAAAUGUAAUUAUUAUUUUAAGGGGGUUUUGCUUUUAAACGUGAGUUUAUUUUAAGUGUCACUUCACUCGUCAUUAAUCUUUUUUUCUCCAACCACAGUAUUGCGAUGUGAAACUGGAGUCUGUAUCUGACCUCUGACCUGUGUAACCAUUAAAACGUGUAACCUGGCAA